AUGAGUCACAGAAAGUACGAAGCACCAAGACACGGAUCCCUCGCUUACCUCCCCAGAAAGAGAGCAGAGAGAAUAAGACCAACAAUACCAUCAUAUCCCCAGGACGAUGCAUCCCAGGCAGUCCAUCUGACCACCUACUUCGCAUACAAGGCUGGUAUGACCCACGUCCUCAGAGUCGGAGAAAGAGAAGGCAGCAAGCUGAACAAGAGAGAAAUAGUCGACCCAGUCACUGUCCUGGAAACACCAAAGUGUGUUGUUUUCGGCCUUGUAGGAUACAAGAAAACUCCCCAGGGACUGAAGAACGUAAAGACCGUUCUUGCUGAGCACAUUGACGAGUCAGUGAAGAGAAGAUACUACAAAAGAUACUACAGGUCGCAGAAGACUGCCCUCUCCAACUAUCCUCUUAAGUACAAGAACGGAGUAAUUGAGCAGGAGAUCCAGGCCAUCAGAGAGUCUGCAGAUGUCAUCAGAGUUCUGAUCCACAGUCAAGCACCAAAGAUCAAGAUUCUCAACACCAAGAAAGCCCACAUCAUGGAGUCGCAGCUGAACGGAGGAACCAUCCAGGAGAAGAUCGACUUUGCGCUGAACAACUUUGAAAAGGAGAUCUCUGUCCAGGACUGCUUCGAGAAGCAGGAGAUGAUCGACAUCAUUGGAGUCACAAAAGGAAAGGGUUUCCAGGGAUGUACCAAGAGAUGGGGAACCACCAUCCUCCCAAGAAAAACCAACAAGGGGCUUAGAAAGGUAGCUUGCAUCGGCGCAUGGCACCCCAGCAGAGUUAUGUACUCCGUUCCCAGAGCAGGUCAGACAGGAUUCCACCACAGAGUCAUGCAGAACAAGAGAGUGUACCUUGUGGGAGACGGACAGGACAAGACCGUAUGCAAGACAGAGUUCGAUCUCACUGAAAAGACUAUUAACCCAAUGGGAGGAUUCUGCGGAUACGGAAACGUUAACAACGACUUCCUUAUGGUCAAGGGGUCAGUUGUGGGCCCAAGAAAGAGAGUUCUUGUUCUGAGAAAGGUUGUCGGAAGAAAGUUCAAGGGAAUCAACGCAGAGCCCAUCAACAUCAAGUUCAUUGAUACAUCUUCCAAGAUUGGAAGUGGUAGAUUCCAGACAUCCGCUGAGAAGGAAGAGUUCUACGGAAAAGUUAAAUCCGAAAUCGAAGCUGAGAUCAACGCAGAAGAAUAA